AAAUCUAGGCUUUCAAGAACCAAGUUGCAAAAGCAAACCAUGCAUUGGCUAGAAUUGGCUACAUAGCCUAAAGCCCAUACUGAGGUCUUGAGUAACUCAAAAAGCUCCAAACUUUGCAGCAUUUGGGGAACAUUUCAAGGCUCCAAGAGCAAAAAACCAGUCUUCUUCCCUCUUCUGGGUCUUUGCUAAAAUGUCAAUGCCAUUAGAUCAGCAACCUCCACCAGACUUUGUGCUGCAGCAAAAUGCAAACCCUCACUCCCCCCAUGGCUCCAUUGGUGCAGUGGUCGCUGUUCUUGUUGGGGUCAUAAUCUUGGGUGUGGUUGCUGUUGUAAUUGGGAGGCUCUGCUCUGGGAGGAGCAUAAUGGGAUAUGGCCAUUAUGAUUUGGAGAGCUGGGCAGAGACAAAAUGCUCAUCUUGCAUUGAUGGAAGAAUCAACCCACCACUUUCCAGGCCUAAUGUGUCUUGCUCCUCUGUUUCAACUUCAACUCCAGCCCAAACCCAUCAAGGAUCUGAGCUUCAGCAAGAAGAGCAAUCUCCUCAAACCCCACAACCUGCAAAUCUUUGAUGUUCUAGCUGUUGGGUUUUUUUUGGACAUGGUAGCAGUUGAAAACUCCUCUAUCAGUUGUGUUUUGUUUGUUCAUUUUUUUUUACAUUUGUGAUGUUGGUAUCAUUGACUUUGCAGACUGAAACGCAUUUUUGAGACUUCUCUUUGAA